AUGUUCAAACCGUAUAUGAUGAAUUUAUAUUACUUUUGUGGAAUUGCCUUAUUUGCAUAUCUAAGAUUUGGAACAGAAGGUACCUAAAUACCCUAUGAUCAAACAGGUUCAACUAAUGGUAAAUACUAUUAUAUCUUUGGAACAAAUUCAAACAUCUAAGUAGAAAAUUAAUAUUACUUAAAUUCAAAUUAUACUUCAACGCUACUGCAUGAUUGUGAUUUCACUCUCUUUGUUCUCUUACUAUUGAUCCUACUUUGCAUCCCUAAAUUGUUCUAUGAUAAAUGGCCUAAAUUGAUCCAAGAACUAACUAUCUAUUAUUUGGAAGGGAGCAUUUUCGAAUUAGCUUUUGGUAGCGUAGGAUAGAUAACCUAAACUAUUCAAAAUUCAUCAAAAGAUCCGUUAGAUAUCAUUUUUUGUAUCAUGGGGGGGAUUCUGCUACUAUUUUAUCUUGCCUUUACUAUGAGACCAUUGAUAACAAUAAAAGAUGAAUCUAAGAAGGAUUUCUUGAAUUAUUUUACUAAAGCCACUUUUGCUUAAUAAAAUAAGACAAUUUAUUUGGUUCAUUAUUUCAUUUGCAUUUUUAAUGAACUAUUGAUGGGCAUAAUUCCAAUAGCCAUUAAUAAAUUUGUGAUAGUAUUCUAUUUAGAAAUAGGAGCUAAUGGGGUUUUGAUAGUAUUGUAAUUCCUAAUUCUAUUUAAAUCUAAAAAUCUAAAGGAUAAGCUAAUAAACAUUACAAACAUAAUUUCAUACUGCUUACUUAUCACAUCCUAUGUUUUAGUCCAAUAAGAAAACUAUGAAUUAGGCUUUAUUGUAUUGAUAUUAUUGUCGAUUUAUUUCAUAAUCAAUAUCAUUACUACUGUAUUGUAGAUAAUUGUAAUUAAAUCAAAGGGCCUGAGCAUUGUUAUUCAAAAGGUAAAGUAGAAUGAGCAGAAUGUAAAUUUGUAAACAAAUAUCGAAUUGCAAUCGGUUACAUUAUAAUUAGAUUUAUCAUAAUAAAUAAACUAGACUGUUUAGUAGUAGUCUAAAUUUAUGUUGACUUCUUAAAUCUCAAAUAUUAACCAUACCAAAUAACAAAUGUCUCAAUUCAACAGUCAUAAUACGAGCACUGAAUUUUUAAAAGAUGAUCAUCUUGUAAUUAAUAAUUAAAUUGUAAAGGAUCUUAUUUUAAUAAAGAGAUCUCAGAGUUACGAAAUCACCUAGUUUAUAGACAGUGGGUAGAUAUAGCUGAAUAAAAUCCUUUUGAAAUUUAAAUUUUGUGUAAAGGUCUUUAAUGGUGGACAUGAGGUAGAUUAGAAAAUAUUAAAAAGAAAUAAUAUUGGAAAUAAGAUUAUUGGGGUGCAUACAUUUACAUUAGACUGUCUAUAAAACUGCGUCAUAGAGGAAAUGUAGAUUAAAACUUACUACAGUGGUUAGUUGUUAUAAAGGGAUAUCAAAUUGGUCAACAAAUAGAUGUUUAUUGGUCAGAGUCUGGAGAUAAGUCAUCAACACUAGUUCGAGUAGAGUGAUUCAUGGAAUGAGAAAUUAGCCAUAAAAUUGAUUAUAGAUACGAAGGUUUUCCGAUUUACAAUUUGCAACAAUGAAUUAAAGUUGAUUUAGUUGUCAACUCUUACUUAAAAGAGCAUUUAAAAAUUAAUCGAUAAUGGGAUAUAAAAAUAUGUGGUUUUGUUUGAGCAGAGAGUAGAGAGAUUCAAUUUUGAGAAGGUGGUUCAAUUUUGCCAACAUUACAAGUUGUAUCGUUAUGAAAUAGCUUCGGCGGAAUCAGAGUAUCGAAAUCAAGAAUUGUCUUCAAACUUCGGGAAAAUUCAAUUGAUAAUUCCUGGGACUCCUUAUAUCAGACUGAUACUUAGCAUUGAAUAACAAAUCAAUAAGGAAUACCUAAAUAAUCCUUAAUUUAUUGAUUCGAAUAUUGACUUAAAAAGAAUUCAGUACAUAAUUGUUAGUAUUUAUGCUAAACGGUCUUCUCAUUAAUUGGGCUAUGCUCAUAAAAGGGUGUGUGAAUGCUUUGGAAAGGAACUUAUGAAUUAUUUUAACUAAUGA